AUGCUGGCCGGCUUGCGAUUCGACAAGGCUGCGUCGAAAGAGAAGGAGAAGAAGAAGAAGGCGAAGCAUAAAGAAGAGAAAGAUGCAGCAACGGUUUCUGGAGGGCUUGAAGAUGUUAAGGCAUCAAGAGAAAUUGCCGUCGCGCCUACGCUUCCGGAACGACGCAGCCUGUCGCCGUGCAGAAUUGUGAGGGGAGGCAAAAUCCCCCCCGGCGACCGGGGUGGCGAUGGCGAUGGAUCACAGCGGCAGCCGGGAAGCGUCUCCGGCGGUCCAUUAUCGUCUUCGCCGAGGGGACAAGAAGGGAGCACAUCAUUCCUGGAAACAUCGGCACAUCACGGCAUCUCGCCAGUCGCGGCUGCCCGCGAGCUUAAUCCUUUUCUCCGCCCUGCUGACGCAUCGGCAGAUACAGAUGCGCCGAAACCGAAUCCGACAGCCCCUUUCGCUGUCCCCGCCACCGCCGACACGUGGCGCCCUGCUCAGACGUGGCGAGCGCGGCAGCUGCGCCGGCUGCAGGAGCGUGCGGCGGAGAAAGGAGACACGACUGUCGGUCGUUUGUUUGAAGAGCACGUGGGGGAUAGUGCGGCCCUCUUUCCAGCUCACGAGGCAACACAGACGGCCUCUGCCUCUCCGUCGUCCCGCCCGUGGAGCCGCAGACUGAUGGGAGAUCGCGCAGCGAGUCGACGCUUGGAAGGCGUCGUUGCGCGGCGGCAGCUCUCUGCUACAAAUGAGGAGCUGGUGCGGACCGGCGAGGCGGCUGUCCGUACACGCGACUCACGGGCGGCAUCCUUGCCCCCGUGGCAGAAAGCUGCUGUGACUCAGAACAGAGCGAAACCACACCAGCCUGGAGGAGACGAACCAGGCAGCGCCACUCAAUCGGGCUUCGAUCUCCGGCGGGAGCGGGAUUCGGACCAAACGAACUUUGACCAAGCCUGUGUCGCUGCCGUCCUCAGGAACAGGAUGUACGAUGAAGAAAGUGAUGCAGCUCCGCCUAAGGUUUCGGAGAAGAAGCGGCGAAUCUUAGAGGAGCGCGACCGGAUGCGCGGACAUCGACUGAAUAGGCAACAGGGGAAGUGUAGCCGGUGUUUGGACACUGAGAACUUCAACCGGUUCCAUGGCGCCGGCGUCGUCACUAUGGCCACCCAGGCGAUUGUCUGUUUCCAGUCGUGGCGGAACUGCAUCCUCCGGUCACAUCUUCUUCUUCUUCCGGCAGCGCAUGUGAGUUCGGUCACAACGCUGGACGACGCCGGAUACGAGGAGCUUCGCAACUUUCAAAAGAGUCUUGUCAUGUAUUUCAAAGAAACUAGGCAAGAGGCUCCGAUUUUCAUCGAAACGGUUUCUCACUUUGUCUCCAAAGAAAAACUGUGGAUGGGGGCGGGCCCUCACACUGCGAUUGAGGUCCUUCCUAUCCCUCUGGAUCGUCUGCAGGAAGCAAAGACGUACUUUCGGAAAGCCUUUGAAGAGGCCGAAAGCGAGUGGCAGCAGCACAAAAGGGUGAUUGAUGUUCGUGGGCGGGAAGGAAUUCGCUCUGCCAUUCCUGCGAAUAUUCCGUAUAUUCACGUUGAUUUUGCCCUCACUGACGGCUUAGCCCACGUCAUUGACGACGGCCGAAGCUUUUCGCCGUCUUUCGGGCGCGAGGUCAUUCAGGGGAUGCUGGAACUUUCACCGAUCGAUCGAGCUUUCCCUACAGAGCAGUGA